AGUAUCUGCCCUAAAGUUUUCCUUUACAUUUCCCCUUAACUCCUGAACUAACUUCAGCAUCUGUAUUUUAUCUCUACUGCCAUCUGCCGUUUGGAAGAACGAAAGAGCUACUUUUCUGACUGUAACACUAACUUUUAAAUAUUGACGAUUUCUUUUAUAGCCCGAUAACAGCAGUAUCUGUGAACACAAGUUUUGUUUUCUUUAACUACCACAACUGUCAUCUGUAUUUUCCUUAUACGUGAACCCCCUGUUUAUUGACAGACCUUCUUAACUGAUAACAAAAAUUAAGGGCAGAUUUUAAUGUUAGUCUUAAAGUUUUAACCUUUAGAGAAAAGGUGCUUUUCAGCUAACUACGCUAACAGCUAGCUAACGUUAGUAGUAAUUUAAUAUCGAAAGUCAGGUGUUCACGUUACUAUGGUAACGUGGGGCAUCAGCGCUGUGAAUGAAGCUAAUACACUGUUCAAGAGCUUAAUUGACAAACCAGCUUUAAGGCCUUGGACUGUACACGCAAACUGUUGCAGAAAAGAAAGAAAAGAAGCUUGAAACAUGGACAACUGUAAUUUGGAGAAACUCUCGGUGUCUUGUGGGAAACUCCAGCCAGCGUUCAAACCAGAAGUUACAGACUACAAAGUGACAGUGGAGAGCAGUGUUAGCAAAGUGACUCUGGACCUGUGUACUAGUGACUGUGGGGCUUCUUACAGUAUUCUCUUUGGUGACAGUUCCAGCACCAUUAAACUGAAUGAUGGGUUAAACAAAGUAAGCAUCGAGGUGGUUGCUGAGGAUGGCACCAUAAAAAAAUACUGUGUGGAAAUCAUCAGGAUGUCUGCAAAGAUUGCUGAGCUCAGUAAUCUGAGUGUGGAAGGGGAUAUUCCACUUUAUCCUGCAUUUUGUGCCCAAGUCUAUGGAUACAGUAGUGUUGUUCCCUUUUAUUGUAAUGCAGUGACCCUGCUUCCCAAGGCACCAGACAAAAACAUCAGAGUUAGAGUGAAUGGGGCAGACAGCUCACAACCGGUCCCUCUGAAUUUUGGAGACACUGUGGUGGAGAUCUCAGUGUGUUCAGCAGAUGGCAGUAAUUCACAGGUGUACACAGUAGUGGUGACUCGAGAGCUAAUACCCAUGGCUGUGACCUUCACUGAUGAGAAGCAGCAGCUGGACUAUGAAUGUCCAGUAUCCCUGAGUGCUUUUUAUAGGCCUGUAUCUAUCAAGCACAGUGACCCAAAGCACAUCUUCUCAAGACCUUAUAUUGAGAUGCUGGCACGGAGGUCAAAAGUCGACCCACUUAGCAGCUGUCCUCUGGGAGGUGGCUGGAAGGUUGUUGAACAUGAUCUUGACAGAAAGAUGUCUGCUGCUCUGGUCAAGUGCUUCUUUCUUUAUCGAGGAUGUAACAGUGUGAUGAAACUGUCUGAACUGGGGUCACACUCUCUGGACUGUCCACACAAGCCCACAGGGGACCUGGAUGCAAAGGAUGUCACAGACACAAAUUGGUAUAAGAAGCACUUUGCAUCAACCAGUUGUUUGGAGAUAGAGACCAAACAUGUUUUGGAGGUGCGUAACUGGGAGGAAAGGCUACAAAUUACAGCAGGAGUGGAUGGUGUGGACAAACUGUGUGCCUUAGCCAAGGAACACCUGGAACUCUAUCGGCAGCGCCUUCCAAAGCCAGGGGACAUGUUGCAAUAUGAGGAUGGCCGGUCUCCUCUGCAGAUCCUGGAACAGGCUGCUUCCCACUGUGCAUCAGCUAUCAGACUCAGCUCUAGAGAAGCCAGACUCCACUUCCUGCUGGGUCUUGUUCUGGAGGAGCAGUACUACGCUACAGAGAUGUACGGCCUCCAGAGGAAGGCUGACAGAGACACAGAUGUAUUAAGCGAUGCCAAAUCAGCAGCACGUCAGGAUGACAUCCUGGCUGUAUGCAAACUCCAUGGUUUCCACGGCACACCCACAGUGGAGAACCAGCUACAGGCCUUGGAUAAAGAGUAUCGGCAGCUCAAAGACCAGGGGCAGUCCAGCAGAGCAGACUAUGUACAGACACUCUACAUCUGGCUCUCCAAGAAAAUUGGCAAGGAUAGCUGUUCAGCUGUGCAGGAUCAGGAGAGCUGUGUCCACAAAGCUCUGAUGAAAUACCUGGAUGCCUGGUCUCUGAGUCCAGAUAACUGGGAGUACAACCUCCAUGUAGGACGGCUGCUGCUGCUGCAAGGGAGGGGCCGAGAAGCCCUGCAGCACCUCCAGAAUGGCCUGGCACUGCGCCCCCUACAUCCUGCACUCAGAUUCUUCACAGGGCUGGCUCUGCUGCAGCAGGAGCAGAAAGCCUCUGAGGACACAGAGAAGGAGGCUGCUCUGUUCUUACAACAGGGACUGGAACACUUUAUCAGCCAGCGCUGCACCAAGAGCUGGGUGGAGCAGUAUCCAUCGGAUCCUCUGUCCAGCCUCAGCAUACAGUUCUUGCGAGGCCUUCUCACUCUGGGCCAGCUGCAGCAGAGAAACACAUCUGGGAAGGCCAUGAGUACUGAACAGGUCUAUCACAUUGUAGCAGUGCUGACAGCCCAGAGUGUGAGUCAGUGUGUGUGUCGUGGUGAGGUAAGCGGGCAGCUGGAGUGGGUGUUGCUGGAUGCUCACUUCGCCCUGCUGCAGAGGCUGAUCCAGCAGGGUGACCUCCAGGACAAGGCUGGCACUGAGAAGCGGUUCCUCAUAGCAAAGAGAUGCCAGGCCCUCACAGGCCUCAUAGGCCUCACCUCUAUUGCCCCCUGUCAGGAGCUGUUGGACAUGCAGAAGGAGGCAUGCCAGCUAGCAGUAGUGACCACACCACGGGACAGCCGUGCCUUGUGUCUCUUGGGUCUGGCACAACUGGCUCAAUAUGACAACAACCCACAUUCAGACAAGUCAAAGGAAGCCAUAACUGAUGCCUGCCUCAGUUUCCAGGCUAGCAUUGAGCUGGAAGGCAAGAUUCAGAUGGGAGAGCCACCUGAGCAGCUGAGCAAACAAAAGUGGUGGCGGGACUGGCAGGAGGCUGAAAAUAAGAAAGCUGCCAAGCAGUCUAUCCUCCAACCAGCAGGGGUGAAGGGGGCUUCUGACACCAGUGUGGCCAAGAGUGGAACUAGGCGGGGCGGGAGACAGCCUGGGCCAGGGUGGGUGGCAGCUGCUGUAACCAAAGCUCCCGCUCCUCCCCCACCAGCACCUGUCAAGGGAGGGAAACCUACCCGGCCUCCACCCAAAACCCCUGUGUCCAGGGGGAGAGCUGGAGCAGCAGCUAAGACAGAUGGAUUAUCUAAACCUUUCAACAAUGGUACUAAACCCCAGCUCCCCGCCAGCAAGUCUAAACAGGACUGUUGCCUUGAAACUGUUGAAACAGCAGAGGGGGGUAACUAUACUUCACCUGUGUGUGUGGCAGACGGAGUCAGCGUGUCCAGUCUGGUGAACCGCAGGUCUCACACCUCACGGCUGGGCCUGGCCCACGCCCUCUCCCGCUCUGCAGACACCUUGGACCAGGCAAAGCACCUUUACCAAGAGGUCAUCUCCAUGGCACCAGGGGUCCACGAUGCUUACAUUGAGCUGGUACAGCUGUUGGAGCCAUCAGACCCUCAGGCUGCAGUGGAGGUGUACUGCAGAUUCCCCCUGAAGCCUGUGGCUGAGCAAAGCUUUGAUGAUGCCUUCAUCACAGGAGAGAUCGUCCGCAUACUGAUGACGCAAGAGCAGUACGAUCACCCGCAGCUGGGCCCCAGCCUAGCAGCACAUGGCAAAGUCAUGGGUCUAGAAUGCAUAAAGAAAUACAUCGACAUCUUGGAUGAAAAGUGCAUGACUAAGCUGCUGAAGAAUGUCUAUGCGAGGAUCCAUGACAGACUAGAGGACGAUCAGCAUCUACAGGACUUCUUCAGAUUCAAAUGCUGGAUUUAAUAGUGCUUGUAAUCCUGUGACAAAUGCCUGAAUUUAUCUUUCUGAAUUGUUAAGUGAGUGACAGCUUGCUUACUCUACACCAAAAACACAGUAAGCUGGUAAGACACUUCCUUUCGUACAGCCAAUGCUUCUCUUGACUUUACUUACC